AAUUCUUCCUCAGUUGAUUCCUCUUUCGUCUUCUGUUAGAUGAGACAAGCUUAUUCCAACAUUCCCAUUUUUCUUUUAGUUCACUCUCAUUAUAACUUAACAAAAAUAAUGAAUAUAGAAUACGUGAAGUUACUGCUGCUUCUACUUGUCUUGCUUCACCACGUUGAUUCAGCCACUAUCAUAAGGUCUCUUCCUGGUUUUGAAGGUCCUCUUCCUUUUGAGCUCGAAACCGGGUACAUAGGUGUUGGUGAGGUUGAGGAAAUUCAAUUGUUUUACUACUUCAUCAAGUCUGAGAGAAAUCCAGAAGAAGACCCUCUUGUUCUCUGGUUAACUGGAGGACCUGGUUGCUCUUCCCUCAAUGCUUUGCUUUUCGAGAAUGGUCCUCUGACUAUCAAGAUGGAUGGUUACAAUGGAGGCAUCCCUUCUUUGGUUUCUACUACAUAUUCAUGGACAAAGAUUGCAAACAUGAUAUAUUUAGAUCAGCCUGUUGGAAGUGGCUUCUCCUACUCAAAAACUCCACUUCUUGAUGAUGUACCAAGCGACACAGGAGAAGCUAAGCGUGUCCAUGAGUUUCUUCAAAAGUGGCUAGGCAAGCAUCCAGAUUUUGUCUCUAAUCCUUUCUAUGUCACUGGAAAUUCUUAUGCUGGUAAGGUUGUUCCGGCAAUUGUUCAAGAGAUCUCAAAAGGAAAUUAUAUAUGCUGUAAACCUCAAGUAAAUCUUCAGGGUUAUGUGCUAGGAAAUCCGGUAACACACAUUGAUGUUGAUAACAACUACCAUGUUCCAUUUGCUCAUGGAAUGGCAUUGAUCUCCGAUGAACUUUACGAGUCACUAAAGAGAAGAUGCAGAGGAAGUUACAUUAUUGUGGAUCCUCGUAACGCAGAAUGUUUGAAAUUAAUUAAAGACUUCGAGAAGCUUACUUCUGGAAUAAAUAUAGCAUCUAUACUAAGACCAAGCUGCAACGAAACAUCUCCGAAUUGCUAUACUUAUGGAUAUUCGCUAUCUUCGUAUUGGGCAAAUGACGAUAGCGUGCGCAACACGCUCCAAGUCGAAAAGGGGAGUAACAGAAAAUGGAGUCGAUGUAAUUAUGAUACACCUUACAAGAUUGAUAUUAUAAGCAGUGUACCAUACCAUAAGAAUAACAGUGUCAAUGGUUACCCAUCUUUAAUCUUCAGCGGUGAUCACGAUAUGUCAAUACCUUUCCUUGGAACUCAAGAAUGGAUAAGAUCUCUCAAUUAUUCAAUUAUCGACGAUUGGAGACCAUGGAUGAUAAAAAAUCAAGUUGCUGGAUACACUAGAACUUAUGCUAAUAAGAUGACAUUUGCCACUAUCAAAGCAAGGAGGUGGACACACUCUAGAAUUUAAACCAAAGGUGGGCUUUAUUAUGUUCCAAAGGUGGAUAAGUGGCCAACGUAUGUAAAAAGGGACGGCCUUCUUCGCCUUUCAUGUUCUCUAUUAUAGAUCGCACUUUCGCCAUAUAAAUGGAAACUUCGAAUAGUCUAAAAAAAUCCAUAUAUUUUAUUACAAUAGUAAAUUCAGAAUCGCCUCUAGAAAUGUGGAACAAUUACAUUUCAUAUAUCUCUUCAACAAACAGAUAGCAAAGAGUAUUUCAUACG